GAUACGCACACAUGCCGGGUGGAUUAUUUUUUGUCGCAAAAUAGUUGUUUAUUAUUUGUUUAUAAGUGAUUCCUAAAUAACCACCAGCUCAAAAUAUGGACAGAAACUUGCAGAAGCAGCUAUACGGCGUGUCUCGUGAGUCCUCGCCCAGUUCGCGGAGAUAUAGCAUGCCGGCAGCUUCUGCGGACAGCACACGAAAAUCUUUUUUUGGCGGCAACGCCAAUUCUUCCCAGCUCCCAGGAAACCUCAAAAAGACAGCUUUGACCAAUAGCCGGCUUAGUUUGUCUGUACGCUCCACUCAGUCCAUUCCCGGCAUCCGCUCCGAUUACAAUUUAGUGGAAAGCUUUGGUUGCCCACUGCCAGUGGUGGUCAACGAAGCCUUAACCUUUUCGGGGCAUGGAUCGGACACAGUAACUGCCAAAGUAACUCAGAAUGGUUGGGCUUGGGUUGUACAAGGUAGACGCCUCUUGAUAUGGCAAUACAAAGACACUUCGAAGUCUGGAUCUCCACCUCGUGCUGGAAAACCAGGAAGACGCGGAGGCCUGGCCCAGUGCAGGGAACUUACUCUUCCGUACAGCGAUCUUGGCCACAAGAGCGAUUUGAUUAGCGUUUUCCAGACGGAGGGCCAGCAAAUGGCAUCCUGUAUUGCAGUCUCUGCCACUGGAGAAGUUCGCUACUGGUCGUCCAUCGCACAUGACGGAAACUCAGUGGACCUCUCAAUCUUAACCGGUCAGGAGUUUGUCCAGUUGCUGAAUCUGCCAACACAGCAAGGAUACCUAGCCGUUACUACCACCUGCAAUCUGGUAUUUCUUCGGGUAGGACUUACCAAUGGGCGCUACUCAUUGCACCACAAGACCAUCAAGCCUGCUACUAGCUUCCUCGGUGGUUUUGGCAAGAAAUUUGCCUCUAUUUUGAUUGGCAUGAACACGGGAAGCGAUAAGGAUCAGACUUUGGUUGGCAUGUGCUGCGAGAGCAAUUCGGAAAGUGGAGAAACAGUUGUGGCAGUGCUCUCGGAUCGUGCAAUACAACGCUGGAUUCUUUCCAACAAGGGCAACACCGAAAACCUUUUGUACGAAGAUGUGGAGGUUGUGCGAAGGAUACGGGAAGAGUUUAAAACCAAGUUCUGGAAUGUUCGUCUUCCAGCAGACAAUGUGGAAAUUGAACUGCAUCUGCUCGACUUCCACUUAGUGAAGAACAAGGCUUAUAUUCUGGCAGGAGCUGUUAAUGCUGCUCAUGCUCCACAAAUGUGCUACGCCCUGGUGACAGGAAGCGCUCAAGCAGAGAGCAUGCUCCUGGAGUCAUUCACUCCUCUAAAGAUUAAUAAAUUCUUUAGUGCUAAAACGGAGGAGGAUUGCCUCAGCCUGCGUUUCGUAGUCGGCAGUAGUCACAUCUAUCUGUACACACCCAAGAUAGUGUAUCCACUGCACUUGUCCAACUCCGUGCCCACAGCAGAGUUGGAGGCGGAGAAGAUCGAGUUCCAUCUGCAUGACGAUCGAAUUCUGAGCGCCGUCAUCUGCAGUCAAUUGCCAUUGUUCUUUAGCCGCACACACGGAUUAGUUUCUAUUACGCCCAGCGAUUUCGACGGUACCGAAAUGAUGAACAUGAGCUCUUGCAACACGCCAGAUUUGUUCGCCCCUACUUCGUUCGAUGCUAGCUUCGGACCUUCCGAUCAAUCUGCUCUGACUGGUAGCACUAAUAACCUUCACCUAUUUGAACUGGAUCCGGAUGAAAUAUACAAUGAACUUAGCGAUGAAGUGGGCCAACUAAAAGCCGCCUUCCUUUACAACUUGAAACGAAACAACAAUAUGGUCAAAACAAUUGUGGGUGAGCUGCUACGCAGCGUUACUGAAGCCGAUCCGAAUGGUGCACCCAUGGAUGCCUACAAGCUCGAUAGAAUUGUUAUUACCAUCGCUGAGGACUUGGCCGAAGAUAUUCCAAUAGCCGAUCCUCGCUGGGAUCAGGCUGUCGGAGACCAGGAAAGUAACCGGCAUGCAAUUGGCAGUUCGCGUUCCAUGCAGAUUGUCAAUCAGUUGAGGGAUAAGAUCGUUGCUUUCCAGCAUUUUAUCACGUUUCUUCAUUCGAGUGGAGUUUGGGAAAAGUUAAACGCCAUACCUUGCGGAAGUCAUUUGCUGAAGCCCACCAGCUUUAUUCUUUCCGAUAUUAGCGAAAAGAUAAUAGCUGCCAUGGCUUUGCGUUCCCUGCAAUCCAAAUUGCCCAAGCUAAUAGAAGAGGCUAUUGAAGCCACCGUUGCGUUAUGGGAUGAGAAACCCCAGGGCAGCUUAACUUACCAAGACAUUUUUUAUGUGAAGCUGUUGAAGUUUCAGAGCGUAUUUGAGGCGUUAGCGGAUAUUGCCGAUGAUCGGAUUGCUGCCCAGAGUCAGACAACCGUAUCUGUGGCCCACUUUAUCAACGAAAUAAACUCCAUUGUCCUGGAUGUUCUGGGUCAAGUAUUUAGGCAUAGGGAGCAGCAUGCCAGUAGCUUUGGUCUGAAAAACGACCAACUAUCGUCCUAUGAAAAUCUUCCUUGGACAGCAAUGGCUGGAGGCGCAGGUGUUCGUGACACUUUAACUCGCCUUAUCGACAUUAGCGUUCGUUACGGCGGUUACUGUGUUAGCGAGUCAGAGCUCAGGCAGCAGUUGUACCAACAGAUAUACGAACUUGUGGAUCUGGUGCUAGACGGGCGAAGGACUUAUUUACAGAGCGUUCACGACUCAGAAAAAUGCCACGUGCUGCAGCAGCAGUUUGACGCUCAACGCAGGGAGCUCAUCUCAGUACUGAUUAAAGAUCGGCAAUAUGAGUACGCCGCAAAGCUGGCCGAAAAGUACAAGGACUUCCAGAGUCUCGUAGUGAUCUGCGAUGAGACCCAAGACAAAGAACGCUUAGACGAGUACACUCGUAGAUACGAGGAGUUUUCACAGUAUGCCAUCAACUGGCAUCUGAGACAGAACCGGCGCGGUGAGGUCUUCGAGCGAUUCAAGGGCAACCAGACCGCGCUAGCUCAGUUCAUGCGGGACCACCCGUCCCUGGGCUGGAUCCAGUUAAUAUUCAACGGUGACUUCGAGCGAGCGGCCAAGGUGUUGUACGAAUUGUCACUAUGCGAAACUGAGUUUGUAGCUCGCAAGAAGUCUAUGUUAUCGCUUGCAAAAUUGGCGGCCUUCGCAGCAGCCGAUUCCGAUUUAACUGCUCAGGUAGAGAAGAUCAAUGCAGAUCUAACGCUGGUAGAAUAUCAGUCUCAAUUGAGCCAUGACGUAUUGCAAGCCUUUGGUUUCGAUACUAUCGAACAAAAGGUUCUUAAAGCAGAGGAGAUUAUCAAUCUUAAUAUUGCUGAGGAGAACGACACAGCCACCGAGACUGAGUUCCGUAAAGCCCUGGAGCUUCUGAGUUACGUGGAGCAGCCCUACGAUAUGCGACACAAGAUCUGGUGUGCAGCCAUAAAGCGCGAUAACUGGACGGAUUACGACCCAAACAAUGGAGUGGAUUACAUACAAAGGUUGCUCUUCUUCAGGAUCAUUGAAUUAUCGCAGCUUAUGGGGCAGGAGACUGAGAACUUCUUGCCACCGAUGGAAGAUUUCCUUGAAAGCUGCGAACUGGGCGAUUUGCCACAGGAGAAAGCGUUCCAGUAUUUGCUGAAACUGACCUACGAGUAUGUGGCCGACAUGUACAGGCAGACAGAUGAUAUGGAAGUCUAAUCGUGCACCUCACUUGUCACUUAUUAAAGUUUACGUUAAGAAUUCAA